GCCCAGAAAAUCUUGCAUGCAUCAUUUAGACCACGUAGAAAUAUCGCUCCGAUGCAAUUAAUUGAUUCUUUGGGCGUUUUUUUUUUAUCACGGCCUUCCACAAAAAAGGGCGCAGUUUUUCUCGGAGGAUGAUUCUUCUGUGGUGAGAUAUGGAGAUGGCGAAGGCUGAGGUCAAAGUGAAGGAGGCCGAUCGCGCGAAGCAAAGCGAAAGAAGAUGGAGCUCGUGCGCGGUGUUCGUCCCUCUGAUCUCAGUGGCGAUCGCCCUCGCAGUUUCUUCCAGGAACUCCGCGAGUAUCGUCUCUCUCCUCACCAAUCGCUCCUGUCGCUGUCCUCAGGAAUUACAGAAGUAUACUGGCGUUGUUGAGGACUGUUGUUGCGAGUAUGAGACGGUGAAUAGUCUAAACGGAGAGGUUUUGCAUCCUCUGCUACAGAAGCUUGUCAGAACUCCUUUUUUCAGAUUCUUUAAGGUGAAACUUUGGUGUGACUGCCCUUUCUGGCCUGAUGAUGGUAUGUGCCGCUUGCGAGAUUGCAGUGUUUGUGAAUGCCCAGAAAAUGAAUUUCCUGAGCCUUUUCGGAACUCCUUGAAGCACGAUCUCCCAUCUGACACUUUACAGUGUCAAGAGGGAAAGCCACAAGCCAUUGUUGACCGCACAUUGGAUAGUAGAACUUUCAGAGGAUGGGUCGAAGCAGAUAACCCCUGGACUAGUGAUGAUGAAACAGAUAAUAGUGAAAUGACAUAUGUUAACCUUCUCCUAAACCCAGAGCGCUACACUGGCUAUACAGGUCCAUCAGCCAGAAGGAUAUGGGAUGCAAUUUACUCAGAGAAUUGUCCAAAGUAUACUUCAGGAGAGGUUUGUCAGGAGAAAAAGGUGUUAUACAAAUUGAUCUCUGGUCUUCACUCCUCGAUAUCAAUCCACAUAGCUGCCGAUUACCUCCUAGAUGAAGCUGCAAAUAUGUGGGGUAAAAAUCUGGAAAUGAUGUACGAUCGUGUUGUGCGAUAUCCUGAUCGUGUUGGAAACUUGUACUUCACAUUCCUUUUCGUUCUUCGUGCUGUGACUAAGGCAGCUAAUUAUCUGGAGGUGGCCGAGUAUGAUACUGGUAAUCCUGCUGAAGAUGCCAGCACUUUAUUUUUAAUGAAACAGUUGCUCUAUGAUCGCAAACUACAAGCUGCCUGUCCUCUUCCAUUUGACGAGGCUAAGUUGUGGAAGGGUAAAAGUGGACCUCAGUUGAAGCAGACACUUCAGAGGCAGUUCAGAAAUAUUAGUGCAUUGAUGGAUUGUGUCGGCUGUGAGAAGUGUCGAUUAUGGGGGAAGCUCCAGGUUCUCGGCCUUGGAACUGCAUUAAAGAUCCUCUUCUCAGUUGACAUUCAAAACGAACCGGAUACAUCGGUGCAACUGCAAAGAAAUGAAGUGAUAGCUCUUGUAAAUCUGCUCAGUCGGCUCUCUGAAUCUAUCCAAUUUGUCCAUGAAUGGGGGUCGCUGUCAGAGAAGCCUGGGAAAGUGCACCGUUCUGAUCCAGCUGCUUAUGACAUUACCAAAUGGCAUGGGUUAUGGGAAUUAAUCCCAGGGGGCUGGUUUACAAGAUUCUCUUGACCAUUCCAUUCUCGUCCAGCGUUGACAGGGUUUAGUGUUGAUUGAUAUUAACCAUCUUGUUGUCCAAACCCCUUCCGAUUCCAACACAAGUAGGAGGAUUCAAGUGUAAAAACUGACAAUGAAAGGAAAUAUAGCAAUGUACAGUCUCUUUGAUGGCCCAUUACUGCCAAGAGCUGGGCGAUCAAGUAGAUUUUCUGUUUGAAAUCGCAAGAUCGAAAGCCAUUUUUCA